GAUCGUACGCUUCUCCGGAUGAAUGCACACACCCACCGCGCGAGACCCAGCGAAUUGGCGCUAGGCACUGAGUCAGUUCUCCUCCAGCGGUUGUCUUGAUCGGUUAACUAUUUGAUUCACGAGAUUGCUGCAGCAGCCAGACGUUCGGUGAUUGCGCGUGGUUACGAGAAUUGCAGAAAAAAAAUUGCGCGCGCUAGACUUUACGUUCGUGGCCGGGACACGUGCGAAAGUAAUUUGCUAGGAAAUAGCAUGUACUGAAUAGUGGCGGUUGUAAGUGCUUUGAACCGGCCCUCUGUCAUCUGUCGAAGGAUUCCGCAAUUGUGCCAAUAGAAAACAGCCAUUUUCGCAGCAUGCAGAACGAAGCCUAUGUCGGCGAUGACGGUAAACGAAGCCGGGUGGAGGGACUAACGGUGACAUGUGUAACCAUCGAGCGGGAGAAUGGUGCAGUCACCAAUGGGGGCUCCAGCCACCUUAGCAGUGCUACCCCUGCAAAUCAUAGUCCAACUACUGCACGAGAAAAAUGGGGUAAAAACAUUGAGUUCCUGCUGUCCUGCGUAGCCCUGUCGGUCGGUUUCGGCAACGUGUGGCGAUUUCCGUAUACGGCAUUCACCAACGGCGGUGGCGCAUUCGUGAUACCUUACCUAAUAGUGCUAUUAAUUAUCGGCCGACCCGUUUACUACCUUGAGAUGGUGAUGGGUCAAUUUUCGAACCGAGGUUGCGUCAAAGUUUACGAUCUCGCUCCAGCUAUGCGGGGUAUCGGCGUAGGUCAAACCAUAGCGAUCUUCAGUGUUAUCACGUACUACGCAUCGGUGCUGGCAAUCACGUUCCGCUAUCUGGUGGCAUCUUUCAGUACGGAAUUGCCCUGGGCUAAGUGUGAGCCCCAGUGGGAGGAUUGCGUGGAUUCCAGUUUUAUUGGAUUGGUCUCUGCUGGCAACAGGACAACCGUUCAGUCGUCCGCUGAACUGUAUUUUAGAAAUACAAUCUUACACAAAGCUGCAUCGCUGGAUAAUGGAAUUGGACUUCCUGAUUGGCGACUGGUAAUCUGUUUGGUUGUAUCAUGGAUUUGUAUUAUCGCGAUUCUUAUUAGAGGUAUCAAAAGUUCAGGAAAAUUUUCCUAUUUCCUUGCCAUAUUCCCCUACGUCAUUAUUUUUAUUCUGCUCAUAAGAUCGGUGACCCUACCGGGUGCUUGGAAUGGCAUUAAAUACUUUUUCACUCCCGAUUGGAAUAAAUUAUUGACCGUCGAAGUAUGGUACGAAGCAGUCACGCAGUGUUUCUUUUCAUUAACAAUCUGCUUUGGAGGGCUAAUUGUAUACUCGUCAUUCAAUAACUUUCAUAAUAAUAUUUACCGACACGCCGUCAUCAUCACAUGGCUCGACACGUUUACCUCGAUGAUCGCCGGUUGCAUCGUCUUCGCCGUAAUCGGACAUCUGGCGCACGUGACCGAACAGCCGGACAUCCGAAAAGUGGUCAAAAGUGGACCCGGUUUAACAUUCGAAACAUAUCCGGAUGCGAUCGCCAAGUUUGACUUUCUACCUCAGCUGUUUUCGAUUUUGUUUUUCUUCAUGCUGUUCCUGCUGGGAAUCGGAACGCUAAUCGGAAUCGUGACGUCCGUGAUCACCGCCAUCCACGACCAGAAUCCGCAUUGGAAACGCUGGAAGGUGGUUCUGGUCGUUGCGUUCGCUGGGUUCUGCAUCGGACUGGUCUAUCUUACUCCUGGUGGAUUGUACAUUCUGGAUCUGGUAGACUACUAUGGAGCCACAUUUGUGACGCUGACUUUGGCAGUUUUCGAGCUGCUGACGUUUGGCUGGAUAUACGGUGUCGAUCGUGUUUGCAAGGAUAUUGAGUUCAUGCUGGAGAAAAAGACUGGUUUGUUUUGGCGAAUUUGCUGGGGCGUUGUCACACCGAUCGUAGUGUUGGUCAUUUUACUGUUCAGUAUUGUACAUUAUGUACCGAAGGAACUACCGGCGGGAUAUAAUGUUUUCGGAUGGUGUCUUUACACGGUAGCCGUACUGCAACUUCCUGCAUGGGGACUAUACGCGUGGUACAAAGCAUCUGCUGCCAGUCCCAUCCAGAGGCUCAGGAAUAUUCUAAGCCCAAUGAGCAUUUGGGGUCCAGAAGAUGCUGCCAUCAGGUCCAAGUACAACACUUUCAUGAGUGAACACGAAGCUGCCUCCUCGGUAGAGAAUUUUACCAUAACCAAGUACAUCCACAGGAAACUAUUAGAAUAGCGAAUCCGUCGGAUGUCAUAAGUUGUUGAUUUUAUUUAUAAGUUCAUUUCGACGUUUGCUUAGAAAGUGAGGAGAAAGAAAUAAAACGAUAAAUGGCUUCGGUUGCAUUUA